AUGGCAAGAUCAGGUCACUCCACUCAGUUGACUUCUGGAAGACAUAGGGCACAUCAACCACAGACACAGAAGCUCACGGAAAAUGGAAUUUCAGAGUUAAAGAACUAUCUUCCUGAGUGGACUUCGGCAAAACAGAAAGAGAACACAAUGGGAGAAGAGGAAGCAGAUAUACAAGACUUGGUUGUUCAACAACAGGAAAAAGAAGGAAAGGAAGGACAUGAUAAAGUAUGGGAGGAAUGGACGCCUAGGAUGGUAAUCUACCAGUGGAACCAGGAAGAAGUGCUAAAGAGGAUCAAGGACAAGUCUGGGGUAAAGCCAGGAGGUCCUGAUAUGUUCAAGCAUUAUCAGGCAGCUGUGAAGAGAGUCAUGGCUGAAUUGUCCAACAACAAGUUGGAGAAGGCAAAGGAAACAGCCAAGGAAUGGUCCAACAACUUUCCUCCUCCUGAGAUACAGGCACAAGUCACUUGUAAGAAGGGACCUGUGUAUAUGGAGCACUUUUCAAAGGAGAUGUGGAGGCAAUGUGGGAUGAGAGUGUUUGUGAUGUCAGCUUGGAAGAAUGAACAGGGAGAGAUGUCAUGCAGGCACAAUGAUAAUGAGGCAUUAGGAGAUGGGGACAGCUUCAUGAAGAUGAAGGACUGGGAGGACAUCGAGCUGGUUUGGCAGGAGUAUGUGCAGGAACAGUUUGGUGCUGGGGCACAGGAUGGAGGACAACAGAUAAAGGAAGGUCAAAAAAGAAUCAGAAAACCUGCUUUCGAACUGGAAACCAACAGAGAUGGGAUGCUGUUGCUUCCAGACAUCACUGAAAUGAAACUCAAGGAGAAGAAGGCCAUAGUGAGGGCAUUUCUUACAUUGCACUAUUGGAUCUGUUCCAGGAGUGACAAGGCAGUUGUGCCAUGGAGUGCCAUCAUACAAAGUCAGGAUGACUUUGUGGCAAGGAAGUAUGUUUUGGCAGAUGUGGACUUGAAGGAGCCUUCCAAGUUGCAAAAUUGGGACACUAUGGCCUUACUCAAUUUCUGGCAUGCUCAGCAGGAGAAAGGUGAAGGACCAACAUUCCUGUUCAAAGCAUGGAAGAACAAAGAUGGAGACAUGGUAGCAUCGGUUGUGUCUGGGAAUUCACCUUCUCAUCAGACUUGUAAAGUCAGAAAGCAGAUGAUCCAAAGGCCUCGGAAUUCGUCAACUGACACCAAGAGUGAUCCCAGGAGUAAUCCCAAGAGUGACUCUCAUCACAUGGAGGAUGAUGCUGAUGAUGAUGUAGCCAAUGGUAGAUCCCUGCAAAAAAGACCCAGAAGAGAGCCAGGUCCUUCAACAGCACAUGAAGGGACAGCAGUCCCACAUGCAAUUCCAAAGCCUUGCCUGGUCAAGCCAGUGAAAACUGGUGCACUGCUGAUAUCAUGA